UACGGUUUAUCCACCGGGCCCACCACCUCACAGUGCAAAUUUGAGCUUUCUCUUCCAAUCUCAACCACCCCUUCUCCCACCUGACCUGACGCUCCUCCCCGGCCACCCCCUUUUGUCUUUUGCCCCCAGUUGAGAGAAAUGGCUGAGGAGGAAGCUAAAUUAUCAGCAGACUCCAUCAGAUGUAAUGAUACAGAAAUGGAAGACAGAGAUGAAGGGGAAAAUGAAAAGUUUUAUGAAGAUAUUGAAGCUCCUAAGUUCGUUGAUUUUACUGUCCCAGAUCCUUACCGUCCUGAUGAUCGGUAUUGGUUCUGCUUGCGUGUGGGAUGUGACCAGAAGCACGAGGAAGAAAUGGAUUCUGAAGCAAUUUACAAGAAUUUUGUCCUUCGGGUAAUGGCAGCAAGAAGUCCCAAUGUAAGACUUCACAAGGCGCUGAACAGAAAUUGUUCAAGUAGAAACAUGAAAUGUCCGCUUUCAGCUCCCCCAAAAUCUUCCAAGUCUAGAAUGUCAAGAUUAGCUAUCAUAUCAUCCAUGUCUAAAAAGAUUGGCGCUGACAAAGAGAAGGCCAAAGUUAAUUGUACCCCAAAGACCAAGGGAAAACAAGUUGCUGCAAAGUAUCUUACAACUCCUAGGAACAAAAACUGCAUGCAAAAUCAAAAUGCCUUUCGAAGUGUUCAGAACCCAAAGCCACCUAGUGUUGCCGUGCCAAAAUGCCGGGUCGUUGCAAAGGCUCUGAUCUUUCACUCCCCAAAGACAGCCAUUAGUAUGAAGAAAUCUGUGGAAUUGCGCACUCCUUUAACAAAAUUGUGUGAAGGAAUGAAGAAGCUUGAGGUAUCUAGUCAGAGAAAGCCUGUACUUGGUUGUUCUAGCAAACAACCAAAGCAGCUCGGACAUAAUUCUCAGAAGUCACUGCCACAACAUUCUUCAACAAGACAGAAAGGUUCCAACAAGGAAAAGUGCAGAGCAAAGAUCUCACAUAAGUUAAAUACUACUCAAAUCAACCAUGAUCCUAAAUCUUUGAGAUCUCUAAACAGCAAGAGCAAGGACAAAUUGAGCAAAGAGUUCAACACAAAGAUUUCUUCUGCUAGGGUAACUAAGGCAAAAUCAAGAGUUGACAACAGAAAGCGUCCUGUAAAAGAAGCAGCCUGUCCAAUCUCACAUGAGCCACUAUCAACAGAGUUGGAGUCAUGUGCUGCCUUGAGCCAUGAACUGAACCAUUCACCAAAUUUGGCACUAGCAAAUGAGGGAGGGAAAUAUCUUCCAAAAUUACAAGCUUCAUGUAAAGAAAAUGAUGCGAUUCAGGAAAAUGUGCGAGAAAACGACAGUAGUACAGAAGUGAGCUCAAGGAACGGAGAGAAUUUGAAUAAUGUUUUGUCACAGCAAGACAAUUCACUUUGCUCAAGACGUCAAAUUGAAAUAUCACUCGGCGAUGACAAGGAAAAUGCUUCAGCCUUAGAUGAUAAGAGAAAUUACGACAAGAAGGAUCAGUCAGGAAGAAAAAUUCUUGGCACACAAAAUUCUGAUGGAAAAAUGGUCAUUGAAGCAAUUGAUAAGGACGUGAAAGGGCCCAUUGUUGGUGCUCCAGGAAUGAAGUUGAAGCUAAAACCCACACAUCCUAAACCUUUCAGGCUAAGAACUGAUGAAAGAGGAAUUCUUAGAGAAGCCAACUUGGAGAGGAAAAAUCAAGCCAUAACUCCUCAAAAUGAAGCUGCCGUAGUUUCAAGAUUUCAAGGCGGAGACUUGCAGGGACAACAUGUUGAUAUUCAAAACGAAAUAGCUUCACUAAAACGUACACAUCGGCAAGUAAGAACGAAAACACCUACUGGUCCUAGUAGAGUUAAACGCUCAGAGCAACAAGAACUGAAGCCUGAAAGUAGCACAAGUCAAGCGUCAGACUACGACUUGAAGAAGACGAAAUCUUCUUCAAGACGUGUUCUGCAACCACAGAGGCACUUCUCAGUUACCACAGAGGCAAGGACUCCAGACAAACUACUCGGUGUUAUAAUGGAAACUUCUUCAGGAAAAUCAAAACCUGAGGAAGUGGAAAAGCCAUGUAAGAAGGGUACUACUAUACCUACUGUGGUCAGACCUAGAGCUCCAGCUUGUCCAAGGUCACUAUCACGCGGAAGAAGGCCUGUUACCAUCCCCAGGGAGCCAAACUUCCAUAGAUCCCAUAUGCCAACGAGUCAUGCUGAAAAAGUUUCAUAAAUACUUGUCAUCGUUGUACCAGCUGAGUGUACCAUAUCUUCGUGUUCAAUUAUUUAUUGAAUUCUUUGCGUUGCUGCAUCUUAUACAUGCUGAUUUUGUUUAUCAUUAUGUAUUAUUUAGGGUACUGUGGUUUUUCUUUGUAGAAACAUAUGGAAGUUGAAGGAAAGUUUCCUGAUA